AUGGAGGCGGCGGCAAAUACGUUUUACGAUGGCAACCUGGCAGUGCAAGUCGAGGAGCGCUCGCGUCACAGUGUGAGCGAUCAGGUGCUGCGCGUCCUUUUACAGCACCGCACGAGCAAGCUGGCUGAUCGCCAGGGGCUGCUGGUGCGAGUCACAGAUGACCAGGAUCCCUUUUUUCUCUACUCUCUCGAACUGGCGGAGCGUGACUUUGCUGAACUCAAGCGCGAGCAAGGCCUCAAGGUGGACUAUGCCGCCUUUCCUCGUGAUUGUAGCCGGCUCUUAUCCCGUUGCGCAGACCCCGACGAUUCGCGGUACAUGUGUCAGCUUGGCCUCGAUGCCACCUCGGGCCAGGCCACUUUGAAUCUGGUGGAAACGAAUCAGUUUAAGAAUCUGGUCCACCUAAGCCUAAGAUUGGUCCAGGCCGACGAUGCCAGUGUGCGACAAUACCUGGCCCAAUGCCUGCAAGUGGCACAGCGUGCCCAUGCUCAGCUACAAACCGAGCAUACUACCCUGCAAGAGCGCCAUCAGGCCAUGUUUGCGGAGUUGCAUGGCCUUCAAUCGUCCCGAGAACAGACCGAGCACCACUUGACCCAUCAAGCCCGGCAACAGAUUCUAGAGCUUGAGCAACGACACCAGCAGCACCUCCAGCAGUGCCAGCAACUGGAGCAGGCGCGCUUUACUGAACUCGAGCAACGUCACCGAGCAGCCCGGGAACAAUGGGAGCGCGAGGCCAAGCAAGCGCAAGCUGCGCUCGAGGCGCAGGUGCGCGAGCUGACCACCCUCAACGGACAACUGCGUGAGGUCAAGUUCCAGCAGGACGGCUCAUCCCGUGAGCUCUCACUGAAGCUGGAGCACGCGCACAAAAUGAACAUUGAGACGACCGCCGAGCUCACGGCCACGCGUGAGCGCCUGCAGCAACGCGACACUCUUGUGGAGCAACAAGCGGAGCGUCUGGCGAGUUUGCAGGCAACGGUCGAGCGCCUUGAAGCGGAGCGCAAUACGGGCGCUGAGCGCUUGCAAGAUCGCCUGCAGACCUUGUCACAGGCACAGCGUCAGGUGGAGGAGCUGAAAGUGGAGCUGCGACAGGCCCAGCAGCAUGCAGCGGCCUUGGAGCGCACAUUGCAGUCUAGCGUUGCUGAAAUUCACAAGGGCAACGGUGUCAUUUCCAACCUGCACCAUCAAUUGACCACAGCUGGAGAGCGGGAGGAGCGCCUUGCACAUGAGCUGACCGAGGCACAGGAACAGAUUACUGCUCUCCAGGCGGAGCGAGAGAAGCUGCGGGAUCAGAGUGUUCGCACGGAGAACGAACUUCAACAAGUCCGAAAGGAGCAGAGUGCUUUGGAAGAGGCUUUGGAGACCGCGCGCGCAGAGCAGCAACGCCUGGCUCAAGACUUGCAGACCAAGGAAUCAGUUUUGGCAUGGAUGAAUCGUCAGCGGGCGCCGCAGACAUCUGGGGCCAAUUUUUUACCAAGCGGGACGACCGUUGGAGCCGGGUCCUCGACUCAGUAUGAUGUCGUGCGCAAGGUGGCUGGGUAUGAGGCGGCGGCGCAUCUUGGUCGCUCGACCCAAGUGGGGCCCUCGGGUACGGCUAAGCUGGCGCAAGUCUUGCAACAGCAACGUCGUCCCCUGGGGUCACUGACGAAUGCUCACCCUUCGUCCAAGGACAAGUUGAUUUGCUGCGGGCACUCACCGCGAGUUAAGGGCGUGCAGGUCUCGGCUGGAUUGUUUGAAGUCGAAAAACCGGAGCUGCCACGUGUAGUUUCAAAGGGGACGGAAUCAGCGCCGGCUGCGACGCCCGAGUCAGAACGAUCGCACAUCCCCAAGCCCAAGCAUCAGCGCCAGUUUACGACGCCGCCGCAAAAGGGCCCGCCCUCUGCCAUGGCAACGCCCGAUUUACAUCGCCAACUGCGUCAGACAAACAAGCAGCCGGGAUCAGGCAAAGCGCUACAGAGCUCGCCGGAUCCCCACCCGCAACCCGAGAAACCACGAGCCGUAGAUACCCUGUCCACGAGCUACACCAUGCUGACGGCUGGUGGAUCACAUUCCGUCGCGUAA